AUAUUAGCAAUAUUCUGUGAUGUACCUAUACCUAUCUAAUUACUAUGUAUAUUAGCAACACUGUAGCUACCCCUAUUAAAUCGAGUUACAUAAUAUUUUGUAGCUUAUAAUUCAAUACUUAAUACGAAGUUCAAUAUGAGAGACAUAAUAUGGUUGUUUUUGUUGUUUAUUUGUGACUUAGUUGUAGUAUCGCCAUCAUCCGUAAGAAGAGUACGUUUAAUAGAUCACACCAGCUAUGCCAUCUCUAUCAUACAGAAGACGAUGUCGAAAGUCGAACAACGGUGUUGGUGCAACUUGAAAGUUGACGAUGUGCAUGUCAUUGUUAACGAAGAUGUCCUCAGUGAAGCAAUAUAUGCCGAAGUCGAUUUGAAAGAUGGAUUUGUUGUGUCGAUACAAAAAAUAGGUAUUAUCCAUAACACGAUACAACAAAAAUGGUUGCCAUUGUCUGGUAACACCACGAGGGUUGAAGUUCACUCAACAGUAAAGAUGAGCGACGUUGCUGUAGGAUUUAACGUGAUUGCUAAAGAACAUGGGAAAGUUAUUCACUCGACUGGGUUGAUCGUUUACCCAGACGUACAGUUUCAGUUCACAAUAACUAAACACUUGUUUACGGAUGAAAUAACAGUGGAUGUUGUUGGAGUCCUGGCAAGAACCACGAAUCGAAUGCAAUUUACCCCAGAGAAUCAUGUGACGAAAGUUUUUACUGCUAUAUUUAACUCUACUACUACGGCUACUAGUGUUGAAAGAUGGGCUAGAGACAUUUUAAAACCAAUAACUCUUGAGUUGGCUACAAAAGAAAUAGAAUUCCCAAGGAUUUGUUAUAAUUGUGCUACAUAAUAUUACUUGACUUUAGCACUUAUAUUUUAGUA